CCAGUCUCUGAUUGGUUCGAUGCACAGCGGUAAUAAACACUGUGCGGGUAUAUAUGUGAUGCUGUAAGGUGUGACAGUUCCAAGAAACAAUAGCAAGCAGAGCUGCUGAAAAGCCACUGUAGACUCUUUACUUCCAACUUAGUCUGAGGAUGAGGUCGCAGAUCCAAAGGGUUCCUCAGAUUGUGGAGCUGCUGAAGAAGAAGACCGUGGGGCUGCAGCACUUCAAGCCCACAUCUUCAGUGUGCGUCCUGGAGGAGAAGGAUGCUGUGGAGGCUGCGCACUGUCCCCACGCUGCCUCCAGAGCGCACAGCCUGGACGCGAUGCCCGGACCCACCAACUGGCCCCUGGUGGGCAGUCUGGUCCAACUCCUGCGUAAAGGAGGUCUGACGCGGCAGCACGAAGCGCUGGUUGAUUAUCAUAAGAAAUUUGGCAAGAUCUUCCGCAUGAAGCUGGGCUCCUUUGAGUCGGUCCACAUUGGUGCACCUUGUCUGCUGGAGUCGAUCUACAGGAAGGAGGGAAACUACCCCCAGAGGCUGGAGAUCAAACCCUGGAAGGCAUACAGAGAUCUGAGGAAUGAGGCGUACGGACUUCUCAUCCUUGAGGGGGAAGACUGGCAGAGAGUGAGGAGCGCUUUCCAGCAGAAGCUGAUGAAGCCCACCGAGGUGGUGAAGCUGGACCGGAAGAUUAAUGAGGUGUUGAAGGAUUUCGUCGAGAGAAUCGGACAAAUCAACGUCAGUGGAAAGAUUGAAGAUUUGUACUUCGAGCUGAACAAGUGGUCUUUUGAGACCAUUUGUCUUGUCCUCUAUGACAAGAGAUUCGGUCUCCUGCAGGAGGAAGUCAACGAGGAGGCCAUGAACUUCAUCACAGCUGUGAAGACUAUGAUGAGCACCUUUGGUAUGAUGAUGGUCACCCCCGUGGAGCUCCACAAGAGCUUCAACACCAAAACAUGGCAGGACCACACGGCAGCAUGGGACCGCAUUUUCAGCACAGCUAAAGUCUACAUCGACAAGAAGCUGAAGAGAAACGCUGUCAGAGCUCCUGAUGACAUAAUUGGUGACAUCGCGCACCACAGCCGCCUCUCAAAGAAGGAGCUGUACGCCGCCAUCACUGAACUGCAGAUCGGAGGAGUGGAGACGACUGCCAACAGUAUGCUGUGGGCUAUUUACAACCUGUCACGUAAUCCGGCCGCUCAGACGAGGCUGCUCCAGGAGAUCAGAAAGACAGUUCCACAUGGCCAAGAUCCGAAUGGAGAACACAUCAAGAGCAUGCCCUACCUGAAGGCCUGCCUCAAGGAGUCUAUGAGGUUAUCGCCAUCAGUUCCCUUCACCAGCAGGACCCUGGACAAAGACACUGUGUUGGGAGAUUAUGCCAUUCCCAAAGGAACAGUUCUGAUGAUAAACACACACGCACUGGGCUCCAAUGAGGAGUACUUCGAUGACGGGAAGAAGUUCAAGCCCGAGCGAUGGCUACGAGAGACUAGCACCAUCAACCCCUUUGCCCACGUUCCCUUUGGCAUCGGGAAGAGGAUGUGCAUCGGCCGGCGGCUGGCAGAGCUGCAGCUGCGUCUGGCCAUGUGUUGGCUGGUCAGGGACUAUGAGAUUGUGGCCACAGAUAACGAACCCCUGGAUGUGAUCCACUCAGGACUGCUAGUGCCCAAACGAGAACUGCCGGUAGCCUUCAUCAGAAGAUGAGGCUCCAUGUUCAGCUCUUCAGGGUGCGGUGAUGUACAGAUGACGCCACCGUUUCCAUGGCCUUAUGACUCCUUGUACUGCUGCUCUGCAAAUAGAAAAAAAAAACAAACA